AUGGACUCCUCAAACUUCAAAGUGGUCUGUGACCACUGUGAUGCGAAGCUCGCAAGCGUUUUCUGCCAUUCCGACGGCGCAUUCCUCUGUCCGCAGUGCGACGCACAGGUCCAUAGUGUUAAUAAGCUCGCCCAGCGGCACCUUCGAGUGCCGUGCCAAUCCUGUCCCGUGUGGGCGUAUCGGGAAGCUAAAUCUCGAGGGAGGCUUCUAGAUAUGCCGCUCGCAGCGUGCUUGACAAAGAACCUACAUUUGGAUGUUUUCGACGGCGCUAGUGCCUGCUGGCCGUCCAAGAAUGCAAGUAGCGUAGCCAUGGGGACGCCUCAGUCGGAUGCAUCGAGCCCGCAGGCCACAACAGCGGCGCCCCUGGUAAAUGCGGGCUCCCCAAACAGCGAGGUCCACGCGACGGCGUUUCAUCAGCCGUCCAAUUCGUGGUCCCAAAACAGCGCAUUGGCCAUGGUCACGUCGCAGCCACAACCUAUGCCCCAGCCAAGCCUCGGCUGCUUGUCCAUGUCGCAAGGCAUGGAACCGGCGGAGGGCGCCCGCGCCGCCGCAGCACUGUUUUCCAUAUCCCCUUUCUCGGCCUGCAGUGGUGGCAGCCUGCAGGCAGCCGCGAACGCCGCAGUACAGCGUCCUCCGCAACCCGGCCCGGAGCGGUGCAGUGUGCAGGGCGUGCAGGCAUCCACCACCACCACCACAGCAGCUGCAACAGCCGCGCCACCGCCACCGCAGCAGCAGCAGCAGCACAUCUCCCAGGCCGCUCAGUCCCAGCACUCCCAGCACACGCUGCAGCGGGCAGCCAGCCAGGAGCUAAUGGAUGCAGUUGAUAGCAUGGACGUGGCAAUGCUGCUGGACACCUUCGGGGCACCGCUUGAUCAAUUGCAAGAUAAUAGUAAUAAACGCAAUGGAGAUGCGGUGCAGCAGCAGCAACAGCAGCAGCAAUCGCAGGUCCUGCCGCAGCAGGAAUCCUCGGCGCAGCAACAGCAAUUCAUGGCGGCUACUCAGCAGCAACAGCAGAUUGUUGCUGCGGAGCUCCUCCAAUCUCAGGCGAGUGCGAUGUGCAUGACGUCCAUGCCGUCUGCGGCAGUGGCCGCGACAGGAGGGGUGACGGCGUUCGCGUCCGCGCGCCGGGAUGCGACCGUGCGGGGCGGUCUGGGCCUAUUAGACCCAGGUAUUGGCCGUGGCCGCUCCCUGGCGCAGAGCCCCAUGUCGCUGCUGCCGGUUCCCGGGACAGCUUUCGCCUCGUCAUCGUGCAGCUUGCUGGAUAACCUGUCGGGUAGCGGAAUGAACCCGUCGAGCAUCGCAGCGGUUGCUGCUGCUGCUGCCGGCAGGGUGGCCCCCGGUAACCCUUUCGGAGUCGGACUGCUACCGGGUGCGGCACCUGGCGGACCAACGGCGGCGAUGGCUGCAGCUGCUGCUGCUGCUCCGCAGCCUCUUCCUGGCGCUCGCUCCCUCGACGCUGCUGCUGCCAGCAGCUUUGGCGCCUUGCCGACUUCGGUCGUGGGCAGCGGCGGCUCCACAUCCGUGAGCCCGUCCAAUUGCAACACGCUGGCGGGGGCUGUUGCAGAGCGCCACGUGCCGCUGACCGCGCAACAGCUGGCCCAGCAGAUGGUGCUUCCGGGUAGCGCCCCGCCGGCGCUGGGACUCGCGGCGAGUGUAACUAUGGGCUCCUGUGAUCUGAGCGAGUCGCACUUGAUGCGGAUGAGCAGCGACGGCUUCGAUGGGCUGAUUGGCGCGGCGGCGACGGUGACGGGCAACUCGCUGGGCAACAGUCUGGGGAUGUUGGGCCUGGACUCUGACGCGGCUGGUCUGUUGACGUUGCUGGAACGCCCGGACGGGACGUUGAAGGAGUUGGACCCGGAGAGGGCGGCGCAGCUGAACCGGUACAAGCAAAAGCGCAUGUUGCGGAUGCGCGCGCUCGCGGAGGGCGCCAAGAAGGUGCGAUACGAAUGUCGCAAACAGAUGGCAGACACGCGGCCGCGCGUCCGGGGCCGAUUUGCCAAAGUCAACAGCAGCGACACGCUCCUGGAAUUCGGCUCUGCCGCCUGCCUGCCCGCUUCCUCUUCGGGCAACAAUGCGACUACCACUGGCAGUGUCGCCUCCGCCAGCGCAUGUACUGCGCCGGCGGGAGUGGCCUUCCACGGACCCGGCGGCAGCGGCGGCAGCGGCGGCGGCGGCGGCGGCGGCUGGGGGCUGCAUGGCCACCACGCGCAUGCUGCCCCGCAGCCCCACAUGCAGCGCAUCGACGAGGAGGGCAUCAGCGAGGGACAAUCGCCCUUAGUGCUGCCGACCGCAGGCUCUUUCCCGAUGCGCCAGGCGUCCAGCUCUAGCCAGGAGGCGGGCACGGGACCGGGACCGGCUGGUGGUGCCGCCACAAGUGAGGGGGCAACGGCAACGGCCACCGAGGCGGCGGCGGCGGCAGCUGCUGGCGCCCUAGGGGCAGUGUGCGGGUUUACUUCCGCUAUGAUCACGGAUCAGGCCAGGGUCGAGCCCCAGCAGCAGCAGCAGCAGCUGCUACUGCAAGACUGCUCCCAGCGGCUUCAGCGCGCGCAGAGCAGCAGCAUGGCGGAUGUGGCGCGCAUGGUCGAUUCAAUGCAGACAGGAUUGCUAGGGUCUUGUAACAAUACCGCGAACACCUGCAGCACGACUGUCAUCGCCACGGGCGCGGCGGCUGCGGCUCAGGGCGGACUGGGAGCUGCCGGACACGACUGCGACAUUACGGAGCAUGAUUUGGCGGCGCUGGGCUUCGAUGAGCUGCCUCAAUUAUCUGGUGGCUUGAGCAACGGCGGUCAUCACAUUGCAGCUGCUAGGACGUGGUCCAAGCCGCCGAGUGGCCAAGUGGUGGUGAUGCAGCACACCACCGGGGUGCAGAACCCGUCCGGAGCGCUGCAGCCCCCCCCCUCAUCCGCUGCGCUGCCCCAACACCAACACCAACACCAGCUCCAGGUGCUAGGGCCGCAACAACUGCUGGCGGCGCCGCAGUCCUUGCCGGCUAUCGCAUCCGCAUGCUUCCUGCAGCAGGCGCAGCACCAGCACAUACAAACGCAGCCUCUAGCGCCGCCGCCGCCGCAGCAGCAGCUACAGCCGCGCCUCUCCGUCCUGGACCGACCCAUCAUGUACGGCACUGACAGGUCUCAGUUUUCGGCGGCGCAGUUGAGCCUCCUGGACUCCAUCUUGACUGACCAGUACCGUCCGUCCUCCGGAGGUGCCGCCGCCAUCGGCCGCCACUAG